CUUUCAGGCCAAGCACAAAACUCCAACAGAACACCCUUUUCAUCCAAUCCUUCAGAUCAAAUGUUCAAAUCUCAGAUUUCCAAUUUCUCAAUCAACAAAUUUCAUAACACCUUUCUUAAACUAAAUCCAACAGAUGAAAAAAAAAAUCCUAGAAAACGAAUCCCUCCAAUGAAAGCAACCGCAACACGGCCGUGUUCCUCCACAAUGUUGAUGCAAUUGUGUUCCAACAAAUUUCCAACUCCAACUUUUCAUCCAUCAAGAUUGCAUCUUUACAUAGUUCUAGUCAUCAAUUAAAACAACAAUUCUGUUCUAUCCAAUACCCAUAUAUGGGAAUGGCUUGUUGUGUUUCCCCGGGGAGUCUAUCAUCAACGCAGCCAUCCGAUCACCUCCGCAACGACGACACGUUAACGCAGAGCUCGGUGAUGAGCACGUAUCGAAUACAUAUCGCCGGUCAUUGGCACAAUGUGACUGUAUUGUGGAGCAAGAACAUCAUGGCAUACUCUCUAAGCAUGUACAUAGAAAGCAUGAAGAACAAUUGGGUGUACACGUGCAAAAUCGCGCUUCGAUCGUGGAACUUUUGGGGCAAGAAAGGAUACAAGAGGUUCGAGGUAGACGAGAAUCCAUUAGAUGUGUAUUGGGAUUUCAGAUCAGCCAAAUUAACGACUAGUCCGGAGCCCACCUCAGAUUUCUACGUCGCAUUAGUAUCUAAAGAAGAAAUCGUGCUUUAUUUAGGCGACGACAAUAAAAAGGCGUACAAGAGGUCGAAAGCGCGCCCUUCGCUUCUAGAAGCCGUGAUGGUUUGUAAGAAAGAGCAUGUUUAUGGUAAGAAAUCGUUCUCCACGAGGGCGAAGCUGGACCAGAGGAGGGAGUGCGAUAUUUUCGUGGAGUGCUCAACGACAGGGCCGGGAGAUCCCGAGAUGUGGAUAAGGGUAGACGGGGUUGUUUUAAUACACAUUGUUAAUCUGCAAUGGAAGUUCAGAGGCAAUCAGACAGUGGUAGUCGACAAGCAGCCGGUCCAGGUGUUUUGGGACGUGCAUGCGUGGCUGUUCUGCAGCCCCGGCUCGGACCACGGGUUGUUCAUCUUUAAGACCGGCGUGCAAGAACCGGACAGGGAUGAGGCAGAGGAUGAGACGCGGAGCGACGACGGCGAAAGCAAGUACUACUCUGUACAGAGCUCUUCAAUGGCCUCACAGUUCUGUCUUUUUCUAUAUGCAUGGAAGACUGAGGGAUGAUAGAUACACAGUAUGGAUGGAUUUUCAUUACAUUAUCGAAUUUGGACAGAAGUGAUCCUUACAAGAUUGAGCACAUCCUUGUCUUCUUGAGGGCUUGUUUUGUUUUAGAAAUGUUGGAUUAAUGAGGUUUUUGGAUUAAGAAUCUUGACAGGGAAUGAUAUGCACGUGCAACUGCAAAAAAAUGGGGUCUCAAAAAUGCCAAAA